AUGGAGGCGGAGAGUGAAGUCAACGAGGAGGAAACCGCUCAGUACGUCGAGAAAGAAACGCGGCUCUGCUCGAUUAGUACCUCAGUCAGAGAGCUCAAACACCUCGUCAACGAUGUGAAACUGAAGAAGGCAACCUUUAAGGGGGUCUCACAGGAAAAGUCGGAGGAGCAGUUGGCCAGUCCCGUCGAAAAGAACAAUCGAUGCAGUCUAUCGUACAAGUGCCACGAAGUUCACGAGAUCAUCGAGCGCUUCAUGGACCCCUCGCAGGAUGAUCCCCAGAACUAUUUCGACUACGUGAAUUCCGAAAAGUACGGAACAGACUGUUACAUCUUCUCGAACAAAAGCAAUUUGAUAAUUGCCUGGAGAGGGACGGAAGCAACUGCAGAAGAUGGUUUCUCGCUGCAGGACAUCAAACAAGACUUGAAGUUCAAUCAGACGAAAUUUCAUUAUUUGGACCAGCCGGUGCUCCUCGUUCAUUCUGGCUUUCUUCAGCAAUACGCAGCAUGCACCCUCGAUCUCCAGAUGAACAAGCCGCUGCCCUACGUUGGCUACGACAUCGAGGUAGAAUGCACGACCUUCGGCGCGCCAAAAGUGGGCAACCGCGCGUUCGUCAACUGCUUCCGCGAGCAAGUGAAGAAGUGCACCCAGUGGGCCUUUAAAAUGGACAUCGUCCCGAACCUCCCUCCUUUCAGCAGAUACAAGCACGUCGCCAAGCUCCGCUACUUGAAAAGACACAACAACACGCUCCUCCCGCAAGAGGUGCACCACUACUGUCACUACUUGGAAGCGACCAAGGACAUUUCCAGGCGGCAGAAGUACUGUUCUGUAAAGGGCCUAAAACCGUCCCUGGCAAUUUCUUUGGUAGGAACGACGAUGGAAAAUGACUCCACCGCCGAAAGUAUUUCCGAAAAAAGAAAAUCGUCGGACAGCGACUCCAGCAACGAAACAGACGGCUCCUCUGGAAACUUGACGAGAACGGGGACCGAGAAAAGCGAGAAAACGGCUUCUCCAACUUGCGAGACGCCAAAAGAGCAGAAGAAGAAGAUGUCGCAGCGGAAGCAAAAGCCACCUGACAGGCGCGGCAGCGAAAAGAGGAAAGCUAAGUCCGACCCUAGAGGAAAAAUCUGUGCAAUAUCUUGA